ACAAAGUCAGAGAUCAUGACUCAAGCAUAAGUUUUCCUAAGACCACUACAAAGAUGUUUGAUAUAAAGGCUUGGGCUGAGUAUGUUGUGGAAUGGGCUGCAAAGGACCCAUAUGGCUUCCUUACAACAGUGAUUUUGGCCCUUACUCCAUUGUUCCUAGCAAGUGCUGUACUAUCCUGGAAAUUGGCCAAGAUGAUUGAGGCCAGGGAAAAGGAGCAGAAGAAGAAACAAAAACGUCAAGAAAAUAUUGCAAAAGCCAAACGACUAAAAAAGGAUUGAAGAAAAGAACAGGCUCUGAAACCAGAGGAAAAUUAUUUGGAAAAUUAUGCAGCUUUGGAGAAGGACUCAACUAAGGUUUCUUCUUUGGGUUUUGUGACCGUAUUAUAUAGUAAACAAAGUCUGACUAUAUGGAAGAAUCAUGUUAGUUAUGACCUCAGUACUGUAGUAACUUUUACGCUUGGAUAUAGAAAUAUGUUGGUAUCUGUGACAGUUAUUGGGUAAAUUGGCAUUUAUUCUACAAAAUGUUUAUAACUG